CUUCUGGUGACCUCCUUAGUGUUAUGGACAGUGACAAAUAUAUCGAACACACAAAAGUUGUGCGUUACUCUGGCUACACAGAAAAACAAAGUAUUCAGUUUAAUGACAAAGGACAAUUCCUCUAUUCAUUAGACUGUUAAUUUUAUGCUACAAAUAUUUUUAGCGCUAACUUUGCUGUUCUAGUUUCUAAAAUUGCAUAAGAUUCUAAAGCCUCGCGAAUAGAUACUCGAUUUCAGCUUGUUGGAUAAAGCAGAUAAAAAAUCACACAAUAUAGAUAUCCUCUAUAUCAUCACCAAUCGCAGACUCUCGGUCUUUUUAACAAGCCGAAUCCUCUGAAGAAAAGACCUGAGAAGUUGCGAUUGCCACUAUCAUAGGUAGCUAACCACGUGAUCCCACGCCCCAAAUAUCCAGAACAGGAACACCUAGCAGUUACACUUGAUGCACAAAUACUGAAUUAAGGAUCUUCUAUGGUCAUUUGUCCCUUUGACUAUGGACCCCCGCCGAAGUGCUCAAGAUGUGUUACGAUGUCAUCUCUGUGAGACCCCGGUUCCCCCUAUGUACUGUGACAUUUGUCACAUACAUCUUUGUAAAGCCUGUGUGGGGGAACAUCUCUCUGAUUUAUCAAAAGAACACAAAGUGGUUCCGUUUGAAAAGAGGGGAUCUACUCCUAAAUGUCAAAAACAUUCCACAAGGCUAUGCGAACUUUUUUGUGAAAAAUGUGAUAUCCCUAUUUGUUCAACAUGUCUUUCCUCCGAAGAACAUUAUGGCCAUAAAUUUUUAGAAAUUUUAAUAAAUAUGGAAAACUCGAAAGAAAUAAUUCAGAGCGAUUUACAGGAACUAGAGAAAUCUAUUUAUCCAAAAUAUCAAGAGAUUGUUGCUAAUAUAUCAGCUCAAAAAGCUGAUCUAAAUAAACAAUCCCAGAAAUUGUCAACAGCUAUCGACAAUCACGGAGAAGUCUGGCAUAGAGAAAUAGACACCAUUAUCCAGAAACUAAAAUCUGAUGUGAAUAAAAUAGAAUCCAAAUUCAUGACUGCCCUAAGUAAACAGGAAGAAGAAAUCACUUGCACUAUUUCUGAAGUCGCAAAGAGUAUUGCUAAUAUGAAGAAAUUACUCACAUCUAAAGAUGUCGUCCUUGUCUCUGCCUACAAAUCAAAGAAUGAUGAAUUCAGAAGAAUGCCACCUGAACUCACAGUGUCUUUACCAAGUUUUACACCUCAGAGCUUCAGCAAAGAUCAGCUUCAUGAACAGUUUGGUGUUCUGUCGACAUUAUCUUUCACAAAAGAAGAAUAUGGCUACAGAGUUGAUUCCCCUGCUACUGAGUCCUUUCCCCAGGAAAGACAGCUGAUUGAUGUACCACAGAUCAUCACAGAAAUUAGCACCGAGUAUGGAUUAUGCAGUUUGUCUUGUCAGAGUGAUGACGAAAUCUGGACGUGCAAUUAUGAUAAUGAAACCAUCCGUCUCUACAACCUCCAGGAGGAACUCGUGAAAUCGAUCGAUACUGAGUCAGGGAACAUGCCAUGGGACGUAGCAGUGACAAGGAGUGGGGAUCUAGUUUAUACAGAUUACUGGGAUGGAUCUGUGAACAUAGUGAAGAAUACACAGAUACAGACAGUGAUCAGACUACAGGGGUGGAAACCUCUCAAUGUCUGUAGUGCCUCCUCUGGGGACCUCCUGGUUGUCAUGGACAGUGAUGAUUAUGAACAAACCAAAGUUGUGCGUUACUCUGGCACCACAGAGAUACAAAGUAUUCAGUACGAUGACGAAGGAAAUCCCCUAUAUUCAUCUGGAGACAUUAGUGAAAACAGAAACUUAGAUAUCUGCGUGGCAGACAAUAGAACUGGUGUGGUAGCAGUGGUCAAUCAGGACGGAAAACUCCGGUUUUCCUACACUGGUCUUCCCUCUUCUUCUGAGGAACCAUUUGAUCCCCGCCGCAUCACAACAGACAGCCAAGGUCGGAUCCUGAUAGCAGACUGUACCAACCACUGUAUCCACAUCCUGGAUCAGGACGGACAAUUCCUCCGCUACAUUGGCAACUGUGAUUUACAGUAUCCAUCGGGAUUAUGUGUGGACAGCAGAGACAACCUCUUUGUGGCAGAGUACAGCACGGGUAAAGUGAAGAAAAUCCAAUAUAACGUAUAAACAAACUUUAAGUAUAAAAAUGUAAACAUAAAAGCACAAUGAGUUUUUGUAAAAAACAACCUUAAAGUUGACUUGUACAUCUAUAUAAUUAUUUUAGAAUAGUAUGUUUAUGUACACAUGUCUACAAUAUGUAAAAGCUAUACCUGUGGGGUAAAUAUGUAAACAACAA